CCAAAAGGAAAGCUCAGUUUCAUUCUUUAAAGUAAAGCAGACUAAGCAUUAGAGGCUUCGCUUGAGAUACCGGUUGUUCUCUCGUAUCUGAUAGUAGGCGCUUGUUCUUAUAAGUUGAGCUGCACGCGACCUGUUGGUACAAAUCGUUUAUAUUAGUUGGGUACUACAAGCCGCUAGCACCUAAAAUCAUAUCAGUUUGAGAGCAAUUCGUCCAUUUGCCAUCGACGGUUUGCCACAAAGACAUACAAUUGCCAAGGCUAAAGCUUCUUGUUCAAGACGAAAGACUUAAAACGGAAACGCGUGGAAGAAGAAUCCACAAUGGAUAGUCUUGACGAGGAUGCGUUUCUCGACGACGAAUUCUCGGACAAGUCAGAGUUUUCCGACUUUGAUACGGAUGAUUCAGGCGUCAGCUUCGGUGAAGAUAAUAUCGAGUUAAACGAAAACGAAAGUGACGGAUUUACUAUUGGUUCGAAAAAGAAGAAGGCUUAUGAUGUCGAUUUCAAGGUUGCUACCAUUCAAGAUCUUCGGAAUUGGCAGGCUGAAAACCUCGAGCACAUCAUGAGUAUAACGGGUCUUACACGUGAACAAACACUUGCUCUGUUUCGGUACUUUCGUUGGAACAAAGAGCGCUUGCUGGAAAAGUAUGUUGAAGACCCAGAACGCACUCUCAAGCAAGCAGGUGUUGAAUCGAGUGACCAACAUCAACACAGCGUUGUCAAAAAGCAAGCUACAUGCAAUAUUUGUUUCGACGAAGGAAUGCUCGAAAUGUUUGGUAUGGAUUGUGGACAUGAGGCUUGCAAAGAAUGCUACCAACAUUAUUUAACUACUCGUAUACAAGAAGGUGAAAGCUUGGUUCAAUGUCCCGAGGAGAACUGCAGUCAUAUUGUUUCACGAGCAUCUUUUGAUUUACUGCUGCCAAAAAACGUUCUUGAUCGAUACUAUCAAUUGCUGGACCAGUCAUUCGUGGACGAGAAUGACUCCUUGUGCUGGUGUCCUGCACCUGAUUGCCAGUACGCAAUUCUUUGCCAUGUUCGGCGGUCACAGUUGGAAACAGUGGUGCCCACAGUAACAUGUGCUUGCGGAAACCAGUUUUGCUUCGGUUGUGGCCGUGAUAAUCAUCAGCCAGCUAUCUGCAGUCUUGUAAAGAUCUGGCUUCAAAAGUGUCAAGAUGACUCAGAGACGGCAAACUGGAUUCACGCAAAUACAAAGGAGUGCCCCAAGUGUUUGACAACGAUUGAGAAAAAUGGUGGCUGCAACCACAUGACUUGUAAGAAAUGUAAGUACGGAUUUUGCUGGGUUUGUCUCGGACCAUGGACAGAGCACGGGAACAGUUGGUAUACCUGCAACCGUUAUGAUGAGAAGAGCAGCGCCAAAGCCCGGGAUAGCCAAUCUUCUUCUCGAGCUUCACUGGAUCGGUAUCUGCAUUAUUAUAACCGAUUUGCCAAUCACGAACAAUCGGCUAAGCUCGAUAGGGAGCUGUACAAACAAACACAGAAACGUAUGACAGAAAUGCAAGUUGCAUCCAACUUGUCAUGGAUGGAGGUACAAUUCUUAAAGAAUGCUGUAGACACGCUUUGUAUCUGCCGUCAGACUUUGAAGUGGACAUAUGCAUUUGCGUUCUAUUUAAAACGGGACAACCAAACGGAGAUUUUUGAAGAUAAUCAACGCGACCUGGAAAUUGCAGUGGAAAAUCUCAGUGAGCUUUGUGAGAGCCCGUUUACUCCUGAAGACGUCGCCAGCUUCAAACAAAAGGUUCUUGAUCGAACUGUUUAUGUCAAAAGUCGGCGCGAGGUGCUGCUUGAUGACACAGUUCGUGGUCUUUCGGAGCAUCGCUGGACAUAUGUUAUUGAUGCUUAGAAAACAAAUUACCUGCACUUACUCUCCCUCUCUAUUCGCUCCCUGCAUAUUUUCCUAUUAAAGGUUUUUUUCAACGACCCCUGAUGCGCCUUUUCUAAUGCUUGUUUCGUCGUUUCGUAUAAGAAGCAGACUCUUGUUUGCUCAUUCCCUUCGAGGACACGUUUCCCCUUCAUAACCAUUAUUGUGCUAUGUUCGUUUCUUUUAAUUCUUGUCAGACACUUUUUAUUAUAAAAAAUCUAAGCAAAAAGCUGUGUUGACGACGUGGGUGACUUAAAACCGUCCGGUAGCUCGUCCGUUUAAACUGUGCUGGUCAUCUAAUAGCAACAGACAGACAUUUCCUUGCCAACAGAACAGAGCUACCAUCCGUAGUUCUGUCUCACUUCGUCUUUGUCUCGCGAAACAAUCUAAUUUCAAAAUGAAAAAACGACGAUGAUGCAGUAUGUAACAGUAGA